UGGGCCCACCCUGGGCGCCCUUGUCUAGGGUCGUUUCCGGGUGUCUGGGGCCGCCACUCAGUUGCUGGUGGGACUCUUGGGUCACAUAGACGAACCUUGAACAUGGGAGCGGUGGUAUUUUUGUCCUUCCUGGCGACCAGAGAUCUCUGGCCGACAUAUGGUAUGCUAUUACAGUGACCCCCCAAUACUGCUUUCACUGAAGAUGGCUAGAGAGUCGAAGGCCAGCACAGCCCUGGAUGACCAAUCUAUAGAAGAUCAGAUCGGCCUUCUGGUCAUAAAAGUGGAAGACGAAGAGGCCUCCUCCUUUGUAGAGGAGGUCCAUUUGCCAGGCAGCAGUGCCCAGGGUCUUGAGCAUUGUCGCCAGCGCUUCCGUGAUUUCCGGUACCCCACAACUGUGGGCCCCCGAGAGGCGCUGAGCCAGCUGUGGGAGCUCUGUAGACAGUGGCUGCGGCCGGACCUGCGCAGCAAGGAGCAGAUCCUGGAGCUGCUGGUGCUGGAGCAGUUCCUGACCAUCCUGCCGGGGGACCUGCAGGGCUGGGUGCGGGAGCAGCGCCCAGAGAGUGGGGCAGAGGUGGUGGUGCUGCUGGAGUAUUUGGAGAGGCAGCUGGAUGAGCCGAUGCCGCAGGUCCCAGAUGGUGAUCAAGAGCAAGAACUGCUCUGUUCCAAAGUGGUCCCGUUUGCAACUGCCCAGGGCUCACAAAAUAGCCAAUUGCAGCCAAUGAACUCUCUACUUAAGCAUAAAUCUUUGGAAUCCCAACCCUUACAAGACAGAGUUUUCCACGAAGCCUGUGGAGAAGAACCAAUGAUCUCUGCCAGACUCACUCCAGAGUCCCAGGGAUUGCUGAAAAUGGAAAAUGCCAUGACCCUGUCCCCUGCGUGGGUUCAUCAGGAUUCAUCUCAGAUGAACCCCUACAGAGAUGAAAGGCAGAAUUGUGGCAGCCAGGUCUCCCUGGGUCAGGAAAUGCAGGUAAAGACCAGUGAUGUGACUACAGGUGAAAAACCAGAAGAAGAGCCUGGACCCCUGUGUGAGGACAUUGCCCAGAUUCCUGUAUGCGAGCAGGAGAGCAGGUUACAAAGAAAACAGAAAAGUGCCACAGGGAGUAGGCGGCACAUUUGCCAUGAAUGUGGAAAGAGUUUUGCUCAGAGUUCAGGCCUGAGUAAGCACAAGAGAAUCCACACUGGAGAAAAACCUUACGAGUGUGAGGAGUGCCGAAAAGCCUUCAUUGGGAGCUCUGCCCUUAUCACUCAUCAGCGAGUUCACACUGGUGAGAAGCCAUAUGAGUGUAAAGUAUGCGGCAAAGCCUUCAGUCACAGCUCAGACCUUAUCAAACACCAGAGAACCCACACUGGGGAGAAGCCCUAUGAGUGUGACAACUGUGGGAAAACCUUCAGCCAGAGCUGUAGCCUCCUUGAGCAUCACAAAAUUCACACUGGGGAGAAGCCAUACCUGUGCAUCAUGUGUGGCAAAGCCUUUAGGCGUAGUUCACAUCUCCGGAGACAUCAGAGGAUCCAUACUGGGGCUAAAAGUGUUCAUCAGCCUGACCAGGAAAGUCAGGGUAGAACGCAAAGCCAAUGGGGAAAUACUGCAAAUCCUGUGUCUUAUAAAUGUAAUGUGUGUGAGAGAAGUUUCUCUCAGAAUACAGGCCUUAUUGAACAUCAGAAAAUCCACACUGGUGAGAAACCCUACCAGUGUGACACAUGUGGAAAAGGGUUUACUCGAACUUCUUACCUGGUUCAACACCAGAGAAGCCACAUGGGAAAAGGACUUCUGUCACAGUGACCUGUGCCAUACGUGACAAAGUUGGUGCUCUUUGUCAUUGAAAAGAAUCCUCCAUUGUUCCCUUCCUGGCCACAGUGAGCUCAGGCCUUACUAAUAUACACCAUCACAUGUUAAAAAGCUAGAGUUUGGGAUAAAUGAUCUUCUGUGUUCUACAAUGUGGCCAGAAGGAAAACUUAUUUCAUAGGUUUUGUUGGAGUUGUCUGGAGACCGAACUGAAGUUUUAUUUUCCUCCAUUGGAAAUAAAAUGGGCUUACAGACUGGUUACUUGCCCCCAAAUUCUAGAUUCGGAGUCAGUCUAGUAUACCUCAUACCAAGUAAAUAGGCUUGCCAAAGCCUGGGUGAAGGUGAGGUUACUGUGAUAAAGAAUCCUUAUUUCUUUACCUAAGAUUUCUAGUGAGAAAUGCCUUAAACAGCUUAUUUUUCCUAAAUCAUUCUGAAUGUGUGCCAUCCAUGGGAUUCAAUCCUAUUUUUUUUUUCUGACACUAAUUUUGCAAUUCUUGAGAAAGUGUUCCUAUUCAGGUAGUGUACAAAUUAGUUAUCAGAUCUGAAUAAAAUGAGAAAUUUUCCAAAACGUACCUUCUGGGUUCUUGAGUUGUAGUUAUCGUUGGCCUAUGCCAAAUCUCAAAUCUGUAAAAACUUUUGCCUCCACCCUGCUGCUGUCAUAUCCACAACCUCAUUGUCCUAGGGUAGUGGGAGAGGUUUUGGAGACUGGAGAAAAUACCUGAAAUGGUAUUUGAGACAGGAUGCCAUUCAACCA